AUACAAAUUAAAUAAGUCUUUAUAUAGUUUAAAACAAUCUUCAAGACAAUGGUACUUACCAUUUCAUGAUGCCAUCCUACAUAUGGGAUAUGAAGUAAAUAAAUUGGACCAUUGUGUGUAUGUCUUGAAGAGUGAGAGUAAAUUCACAAUACUCUCAUUAUAUGUGGAUGAUAUCCUAAUAGUGAGAGUAAAUUCACAAUACAGUGAGAGUAAAUUCAGAUGCAGAUUUUGUUGAGGAUAAGGACGAUAGUAAGUCCACCUCAGGACACAUUUUUCUCUUUGAAGGGACAGUUGUUUCUUGGUCUAGCAAGAAACAAAGGUGCGUAGCAGGUACACACAGGAAGAAGAAUACAUGGCAUGUAGCACUGCUUGUACUUUCAUCAUCUAGAUAAAGCUUUUCAUAGAUGACUUGAAGCUACAAAUAAUCAACAGACCGAUCCAAAUAUUUUGUGAUAAUCAAGUUGCAAUUAAAUUAAUUCAAAGUGGAGUAAAUAACUCCAAAGGAAGACAUAUUGAUGUCUAAUAUCACUACAUUCAGGAUGUAGUUGAGAAAAGUGAAGUAACUGUUAGUUACUUGCCCUCAUCAGAUAUGAUCGUUGAUCCAUUAACAAAGGGUCUAAGUGUUGAACUACUUUCUAAGCACACUAGCUUAAUGGGACUUAAAACUGUUUAAGUCAAUCAGUUUUCAUGAGUGACAAAACUGCAUUAGCAUGAAAAUCCUCAUGAUGGACAUUUGUUAUGAGAAGCAUAUCUGCGAAACCUUGAGAAAAACCUUAUUUUCUUAAAGGUCAUAGUCAAAAGUGGGAGUGUGAAUGUUACUUAUUAUACUCGGUCGUCAUAGCCAAGUGGGAGAUGUUGAAGGAGGCCUUAUGUGUCUUAGCCUACAAUUGUGGGAAUCCAAUGUUCAUUAUAACUAUCCAAAAAAAAAAAAUUAUAUCCAACGUCCAUAUGGUCCAACGUCCAUAUGAAUGUUGGAUGAAUAUCCUUGAGAUCAGGGAGACUUUUUCUCAAAGACCCGUUGGAGAAAUAUAUCUGUUAGCCCUUCUUCUCCAUAUAAAAAUGGGAAACUGACACAGCAAGAAAAAUGUGUACAGUUCUUCUCUCUCCCUAAAAGUGAAGGGAUCUAAAAUCCGGGCUCUGUGAUCACCAGCCUCACAGCACUCUUCUCUGAUAUCGGGUUUAUUAUCAUCCACGCUCCAUCAAUUUUCGCUAACAAUUUAGACUAUGUAAUUCAAUAUUAGAAAUUUAUUGAACAGAAUGAGUAAAUUGUUUAUGUAGCAAAUUAAGUAGCAUAAAGAUCAAUAGCAUAAUUCUAUAAAUAGUUAUAUAAUUGUAAUUACAUUAUUAUAAUGAAUUAAUAAUAUUAAUUGUCCAACCUUUAACUUUGGCUUAACAAUGUAGUAUAGAUAAUCUAGUAUAGAUAUGAAGGGGACUGUGAAGACCUGAACAAAUUGUAUUCUCCUCAUGGUUCACAUUAGCCUUCAAAUGGCAUUGCUGUACUAUAACCACAGUUUGGUAACUUCGAAUAUUUGUAUCACAUGAUUUGGUUGGCUCCAAAGUGUAUGAUCUCACUAUCUCUUCCUAGAAGCUUUGAUAUCGAGUUAAUGGUGUACUGUAUAUGUGUGUAAUAAUAGUGACAUACAACUUGUACAUGCAGUCAAACAACUCAUCAUUUACUGGUCAUGAAAACGCUAGUUACUCAUUGAUGCAGUCAAACAACUCAUCGUUUCCUGGUCAUGAAAACGCUAGUUACUCAUUGACACUAGAUGUGGAGGCUGGAAAAAUACAUGUAGUUUCUUGGAUGGAUUGUUUGGAUCUAAGAUUAUUUGCAGUCCUUAUCAACUCGACAAUCUCAAGCUCAAGAUCUCCAGAACGUGUUCAUUUCCAUUUUUUUAUACCUGAAGGACAAGAGAAGAAACUCUCCUACUAUAAGCUCAAAGUUCUAUUUCCCGAUUCCAAUCUAGAGAUGAUUGGGCAAAAGGAAGUCAAAGAAAAGUUGAGAGUUUCUUUCGAUGGUAGACAUCUCUGGUCCUCUCUCCUAGGAAUCAAGCCAUUUAUCAUCUCAACUGUUUACCCAAAUCUGAGCAAAUUCAUAUAUGUUACUCCAGACGUGAUCAUGAAGGGAAGGGUAGAGGAGCUCUUCAAAAUUGAUUUGGAAACCCACGCCAUUGCGGCUGUUGAGGAUUGCAGCAAAAGACUAUCAAGCUCUGUUAAUUUCAAUGUUUUGGAUGCGGUUCAAAGAUCAGCAGACAAGCCUUGGGUUUCUCGAAGUCCUUAUAAAAGAGAUGCUUGUGUGCCUGACAUGAGAGUUUUACUGAUUAAUGCCAAUAAUUUAGCUGGGGGAAAAAUCGUGCAGGCUGUGCAAUGGUGGGACAAUGUUCUCAACGGGGGGAAUGACAGGAGCGAGGAAACCAGCCCUGCAAUCCUUCUUACUCUCUAUAAUAAGUAUCUCAAACUCGACAGUGGUUGGAAUGUUACUGCUGAAUUUGCUCCAUCUGGACAUGAAGAUAAUGCAAAGAUUCUCCAUUUCGAUGGACCCAAGAGGGUGUGCUCAGAAGCUGAUUCAAAACCUGCUCAAGAAACACACUAUGGCAACCUCUGGCGCCAGUACAUGCCACCCUCAUCCGAUCGAAUACUGGGGGAUUAGUUUCUCUCUCUCUCACCAUUGGAUCAGAUAAUGGGGGAAGUCUCUCUCUCUCUCUCUCUCUCUCUCUCUCUCUCUCUCUCUUGUAAUAUACAUCGCCUUGGUCUGGCUCAGAUUGAGUUGAUGUUACAUGAAGCUCUAAUGGGUUUCUUUAGGUUUCUCUUUUUCUUUUUCUUUAUUUUGAAAGAAUGGAUUUAGUAAGUUUGAUGUUUUUAAAUUCAAAUGUAAUUGAGUUAAAUUUUUAUGUGAGCAUCCAUUGUUUUGUUGCUUUUGAA